AUGAACGAUAAGGAGAACGUCAAGAAAACUCAGAGAUCUAUCAUGCUCCAACUCAAUGGUAAAUUGGAUUCUAUGGUGGAAAGAAUUAAAGAUCUUUUGGAUCUUGGUGAAAAGUUCAGUCUGCCUUUCACAGCAUCGCAAACGCACAAAAUAGUUCACGAAUUUAUUAAAAACGUGGAAAAAAAUCUCUGUAAUGUGCAUCCCGAUACGGCCAUGGAUGUUCGUAACCAUUCCAUACAGAUUAUGGAAAAAUUUCUCAGCUCGAGUUCGGCUCCUUCGGAUUUAGAUAAAGUAAUUCUGAAUAAGAUUACCAUAACAAAAAAAUUUUUGGCUGACCAUCCAAACUUACUUUUCACGAAAGCCGACAAGGGCAAUGUUACAGUCUGUCUUGACCAAUCUCAGUAUAAAAAUAAAAUGCUGGAAUUAUUACAUGAUUCGAAUACAUACCAAAUUAUCAAUAAGAAUCCGUUAAAUAGUCUAAACAAUAAUUUAAAAACUUUACUGAAGGAAUGGAGUGAUAAAAAUUACAUAACUAAGAUCAAAGCUAAGUCUCUCAGAAUUAAUACUGAGACUCUUCCACGAGCAUAUGGAUUGCCGAAAAUACAUAAACUGAAUUUUCCUCUCAGAAUCAUCGUCUCUUCCAUCGGCAGCCCUUUACAUUCCUUUGCCUUAUUUUUACAUAAUCUCAUUUACAAUAAUAUUCCCAAUCCUCCUAGCCAUGUCACAAAUAGCUUACACCUUGUUAAACAAUUACAGAAUCUACCUUUUGACGAGAAUUUAAGCCUUUUCUCACUAGACGUGGUUUCUCUGUUCACGAACAUCCCCCUAGAUCUAGCGGUGGGCGGGCUAGCGAGAAGAUGGCAUUGUAUUAAGAAAGGUUGUUCUCUCCCCUUUCAGGAGUUCAUUAGAGGCAUUAAAUUAGUCAUGAAUUCCACCUUUUUCACUUUUGACAAUAUUUUUUACAAACAAACUUUCGGCACACCAAUGGGCUCCCCUCUGUCCCCGAUCUUGGCAGACAUUGUCAUGAGCGAUUUGGAAGAAAAAGCUCUUAAAUUGUUACCAUUCAGUAUUCCAUUCUACUAUCGAUAUGUGGAUGAUAUUGUCUCAGCUGCUCCUCCCGCACUCAUUACUGACAUCCAAAAGAUCUUUAAUUCUUUCCACCAUAGAAUCCAAUUUACCAUUGAGUUGGAGCAUGAUAGAUCUCUGAGUUUUCUUGACGUUCUCCUUAUCGUUCAUGACAAUCGAAUUAUGACUGACUGGUACAGAAAACCUACUUUCUCAGGAUGUUUUUUAAAUUUCAACUCACACCAUCCCAUUGCUCAUAAAAAAGUGCAUAAGGACUCUUUAUCUAAGGAGUUUAAAUCUAACGUGGUUUACAAAAUUGAUUGUCUUGAUUGUGAUGCCUCUUACGUUGGACAAACCAAGAGACAACUGAGAAUACGCAUCAAAGAACAUCAAUCGAACAUUGACAAUCCCUCGGCUAAUUUAACUGUAGUGUCUGAACACAGAUUAUUUGGGCAUGAAUUUGACUGGCAGAAUGUCUCUAUAUUGGAUAAUGAGCCACAUUAUAUUAAGAGACUAAUUUCAGAAACAUUACAUAUUAAAGAACAAGCCCACAGUAUUAACGUUAAGGACGACAUCGAUAAAUUGAAUAAAUCUUACUUUCCCAUCCUUAAAAGAAUCAAUGCUUUUUCCCUUUCAUAA